AUGGUCCAAUGUGCCUUUAACAUUUCGAAAAAAAAAUUUGUACUUUAUUGUAAGAUGGAAAUUUCAAUGGCUUCAACUGACAGUGUUAAAGUAUUAGUGGUCGGUGAUUCGGGUAACUGUUUAACAACUUUCUGUAUAAUUCUAAAUGUUUGCAUAUUAUGAUAAAAUAUUUAGUUCUUGGUAAGAGUAAAAUUUACCAAACAAUUCACAACUUACUAAAAUUUUAAAUGAAAUAUUUUGAAAUUAUGUACAUUUGAACUUUUUCAAUUUGGAACUUAUUUUCAACUUCAAUCCAUUUAUUUCGACUUUUAAUUGAUUUAUGGUUGAAAUGUAUUAAAGAACUCUACACAUUUAAUCUGAAAACUGAACUGAUUAUUGUACAAUCAUUAUUUUUACUAAAAAAGAUAAAAUUAAUUUUGAUAAAACUGGAAAUGUGUGUCGAUUUAUACCUAUACCUUACAAAAGACCAAUAUUUAAACUUAAUUACUUUUAACCUAGGUAAUCCAUUUGAUAUUAGUAAUAAUGAUGACCAUAUACACCUAUACAUUAUAUAUCUUCUUAUUAGUUUUAUGGUACUAAUGUACUUUAGUACCUACGUAUUUAUUUAUUGACAUGAAAUUCAGUUAGUUGUCCACAACCCACUUACAUUUUUUAGUACUGACAUUAUCCUGAAUGGAGAGAUUUAUUGAUAUAGUUUUUUUUUUGAGUUUUAGGUAAUGCGUGCUAUGAUUUAUGAUCAUUAUAAUUAAUUAUCUAAUACAAAUUCACCUUUCCUUAUCUUAAAUACAAGUGAAAGAAGCUCAAUUCUACAUUUCAUCUGUUAAGACCACUUCUUUGUUCUAGCUUAACCUUAUCAAUAAAAAUUAUUUUAUAUAAAACUCUUCUUCCUCUAUGGGCGUUUAGUAUCAUUAUCUGGGGCUCUGUUAUGAAUUCAAAUAAAAGAACUAUACAAGCUUUCCAAAAUAUCUGUUUACAUAUAAUCACUGGCACAUCUUGGUUCAUUUCAAACGAGUCCCUAAAUUCUGACCUCAAAUUAUCACUACUCUCUACUACAAAUAGUUUCACGCCAAACUGCAAGGUAAUUCCCACCAACUAAUCAACAUUAGCAUCAUUCAAACUUCCCAGUAACCCAUCUAGACGCCUCAAAGGGAACCUAUCUAAUUUGGUGCCACGACUUAUUUACUUAAGAUUUUAGUACUUAGUAUUAUUUAGAGGUGUCACAAAUAUGUGGUUUCCUCCUCAUGUGUCUAUAAACUUGUUAACUGUCUGUAAAAUAUUAAUAUUACAUAUUGUAUAAACUGUAUAAAUUGUAAUUUUUUAAAAUAAAGCUGUAUUCAUAAAAAAAAAAAACAUUCACCUUUAAAUUUUAAAUAUAAUUUAGGUGUUGGUAAAACAUGUUUAGUGAAUCUCAUCAGUAAUAAUAAGGCAGUAAAAAAUCCAAAAUGGACGGUCGGAGUGACUGUUGAAAUCAAACUUUAUAAAUAUAUGGAAAACACAUCUAGACAACGAAACUGUUUUAUAGAAAUGUGGGAUAUUGGAGGAAGUUCAAAUCAUAGAAAUACAAGAGAUAUAUUCUAUAAUUCUAUACAUGGUACGGUUAUUUUUACUUUAAUGUUGAUAUCAAAUUUGCUUUUUAAAUUUUUUUUUUACAGGUAUAAUUCUUGUGUAUGAUUUAACAAAUCUUAAAUCUAGUGAAAACUUACACAAGUGGUUAGCAGACAUUUUGAAUAAAGAUUAUAAUUCAAAGUAUAAAUUUACAGAUGGAUUUGAUAUGGAACAACUUGUUGGAUCAAACAGAGUAAUAAUUUAAUAUAAAUAAAUAAGGAAUACACAUGCAUUUUGCUCAUAAAUUUCUACUUUUUUUUUGUUUUGAAAGAUACGUUUUUCGAUACUGAUUUUAAAAAUGUUUGAAUUUGUUUGUGGAAACCAUUGUUGAAGAAGUUACUAUUAAAAAGUUUUAAUUUUCCUAAAAUACUUCAGCCCAAUUAUUAUUUGGGAUUUGCCAUCCUUGUCCUAAAUUUCCACUUGACCUGAUCACCCACAUUGUCUCUGCAUACACUCACCUCAGCUAUCUCUUAUGUAUUCAUUCCUUUGAAAAGAUUAUGUCUUCCUUCUGACAAAUUAUAAUUGGAAAACUAAAUGUUGGGAAUACUAUUUUGGGGAAAAGCGUACUACAAUUACUACUGUAUUUAUAGGUUGUCCUAUAGUUUUUGGUCAAAAAUUGUUUAAUCCUUGUUUCCAGUAAAACAAAAUUAAAUGGUUUCAAAUCAGUGUCAAUAACCACAUCUUUUUUAAAAAAAAAAAAAAUUGUUGAAAUUUGUGAGGGGGUGUGAGGUAAAUACACUUUAACCUUAAAUAAAAAAACCAUUUUAAAUUUAGUUUCUACAUUGAUGUUAAUAUUUGUUGACUGAAAUAUUGAAUGGUAUAUUAAUACUAUUUUUACAUGGUUUCCCUAGCUAAAUAUUUAACAUUUUAAUAAUGACAACUUAAAUAUAUUAGGUACCUAUUUUAGUCUGUGGUACAAAAUUGGAUAUGGCUCCAGAACGUGGUAAGAAAUCGCCUUCAACUGUAGCUGCAGAAUGUGGUGCUGAUGAAAUAUUAAUUGUAAUUAUCAAAUUUUGUAAUAAAUUUAUCUCAUUUGUUCAAAAUAUGUUACUGGAUUGUUUUUAGAAUUGUCACGAUUCAAAAUCAUUGGAAGUAGGUACAGUUGCAACAUCAAAGCUUAACAAUUUUCUAGAUAGAGUUAUACAAACAAAAUAUCCAAUCAGUAACUCUAGUCCAUUUAGUCAAGGUGUCUACUCUAGGCAACAUCAAUAUCAAACACCUAAAACUCCACAGUAUCCAGUCACUAGACAAAUAAUAUAUGAUGGAUCUCCAACAAUUAGUAAAAAUACAUUUUUCAACACUAAAACAAUACAUAAAGACUGA